AUGGCGGCAACAAGAAGCGCGCUCGGCUCGGCCUGGCCUGGAAGGGAGCGAGAAAUCGAUAGGCUGUGGGAGCUGCUCGAGGAGCCUGACCUGGCACUGCCCACGUUCGUCUACGGCCCGUCGGGAGGCGGAAAGAGCGGCGUCUUGCGCGCGGUGCUGCAGGCCCUCGGCGCGCGGCACGCCAUUCUCGACUGCGUCACGUGCUCCACGGCGCGGUCCCUAUUCGAAUCGGCGCUCACGCAGCUUCACCGGCACGUGCCGAGCGCCUCGAAUGGCUACACCGGCUGGGCGCCCUGCGAUUCGGCCCCUGCCUUUGUCGCUGGCCUGCAGCAGGCUGUGAGCGAGUACGGACGGUUGGUGCUCGUGUUUGACAACGCGGCGGGGCUCGGCGAGCGCAAGGAGGUGCUCACACUCCUCCUCUCACUUCACACCCUCUGCGGCUCCGCCGCCGUCUCGAUCGUCUUCGUGGCCGAGGCUCUCUGGCCCGAGGCCCACGAGCUCACCGCCUUUGCGCCGCUCGCCACAGUGCGGUUUGGAGGCUACUCCAAGGCGCAGCUUGAGGCCAUCCUGGCGGUGGAUGCGCCAAAGGGGUGCGAGGCGGCGUGGCGCGACUUCCUGCCGCUGUUCGUCUCCUACUCGUACGAGAUCUGCCGCGACCUGCACGAGCUGCGGUACUUGUGCCGUGGCGCCUUUGGCGCGCCGGCGGCUCCGGGGUGGGCUGUGGUGGCAAGCUCGGGAGCGCUGCUGCGGGCGGGCAAGGUGUGCCUGCAAGAGGCGCGCAAGCGCGUGUACGCGCGCGAGGCGCCGCUCACGCGCAAGGCGGAGGCUGCGCGCGCCGUGGACGGCGCCGACGGCGGAGGCCUCGCCCUCCCCACCAGCGCCAAGUGGCUUCUCCUCUCCGCAUACCUCGCAUCGCGCUGCCGGCCGGGGAUGGACUCGGCACUCUUCGCGAGCCGCCAGAAAGGCGCGCCUUCCUCGCGGCGCGCUAAGCGCGCACGCGCCACGUACGACGAGCCGCACCCGUUCACCAUGCAGCGGCUGCUCGCGAUCUGCGCGGCGCUGCGGCAUGCGGGCGUUGGAGGCGGCCAGCCGAUGGCGCCCGAGCUGACGCAGGUGGCGUCGCUCUUGCGGCUGCGGCUGCUGCACCGCGCUUCGCGAGCGGAGGAGUUGGACGCGGUCCGCCUCUCUUGCGCCGCGCCGCUCGAGCUCGUCGACGCUACAGCGCGAGAGCUGCAAUUUGACCUCGAGGUCUACCUCGCCGGCUAA